AUGUUUGGUGUGGUAGCCGUGAUAAUGCUGGCGAUAGUUGCCAAGGAGACGGAAGCUUAUCGGACGUACAACACUGGCCGAGGUAUGGUGUACAGACUUGGAGUAACCCAAGAUACCACCUUGGAAGGUAGCACACAACACAACAGGCUUCAGUACCUCCUGGUGUCCAAGCACCCUCAAUUUCCUAACAAGCGUUCGCUGGUUCAGUUUGAAAACCUCCCCAGUGCCUGCAGCCCGUUACAGAUCAUAUCCGCUAAGAUGUACCUAUACUACUUGUUUGCUCACAAGCCGAGCUGGCAUACCAUCCAGGGAACUCCUUUUAUCCCCCGCUUUAUGCAAAUGCUGCAAUAA